CGCGAGGGGAUCGUGCCUUCCUUUUCUCUCGCUCUUCUCCGUCGUGAUGCAGCGUGCUUCCCUUGACCACUCUCCUGGGUUCAACAUCAGUCUCUCUUCCUCGUGCACGGUCUUUGUAUUCUUUCCGCUCAUUGCCACAUCUCUCGCACCGCAAACCUCGCUCUUUCGCACUUGCAUUCACCUCACUGACCCUCUGUUCGACGUAACUACGAAAGCUGUGAUUUUCAGCACACCGCCUCAGCCCUCUUGCCAGCCACCAAGCCGUGUCUUGCAAGUCUGGACAGAUGGCGCGAUGCAUGAGCUAGUACCUUUCAUCAGCAUCUCUGUCGAUCGUUCAAGUGAAAGAGGUAGACACGGGCCGUGAAGGGCAUCUGUUGGGCCAGAGGAUUCAGGAGCGAGUGCUUCGUCCAUCUUAGCACAGUCGAGCUGCAUAGUGUGGAACCUCUGGCGAAUAGGAGACGACUAAGCAAACAUGGCGGCCUACGAUCUUUACUCGCAUUCACCUCAGGUGUCUGAUGUGGCUUCACUUCAACAACGAGUGCCGGGACCGAUUGCGCCGAUACACUCCCCGCAUCACUCUGCCCACUCGUCAGCGUCUCUGCGAACGCCUCUACACACGUUAUCGAUCCAUGAGUACCGCAAGCAGCAGAGCACGCCCUUUUCACGAAUUGCGACACCUUCAGGAAAGACUCUGCGAAGAAAAGCCGCUGCGUCUGCUCUGAACGAGAUCGAACGCGUUCCGUCAACAAAACCUGUCCCACGACGCGAUUCACAUUCCUCUUCGCGGCCUUUGCACUCAUCCUGCUCGGCGCAUCAACUAGCGCCGCAAAGUCAAUUUUUUGGUGCCCAGCCCGUGUCUGAUCAACUGCUUCGGCCUCAGUCAGCUGGACCGCGGGCACAAGCCGGCAGCAUCUCGAGCGUCGCGACUACAGACUCGCAAGGGAAGACACGUCAGUUUGGCUCCAGAAAAAGGCUCCCUCGCCCGCCUGCGCCAACGGGCUCUGGUUUCCAUCCCCCAUCCUAUGCACCUGUGAGACCGGCACGACAAAUUCUCGCGACUCUUCCCACACCUCUCAGUUUCCUCACCGAUGAAGCCAACCUGAGCGACGCACAAACCACGCCCACACCAUCGACAUUUUCACUUUCGCGUUUCCCACAGCCCCCGCACUUCGAGACGCCUCGAGAGACUCAGCGGGAGAAAACAGUCAGUUUCGCAACCACUGCGCCGGCAACCCCGCCCGCCACUCCUGCGACCAUCCACUAUCGCGGCGCUUCUUUCGAUUUGGUCAACCCUCACGCAUCGUUACAGUACCACGAUAUUGUUACUCCGUCGAGGGAUCUUGACUCAAGCGAGCUUUUGCCUCUUCAAUCUACACAAGGUUCUUUGUUGAGCCUUUCAGAGAUGGCACCCAAGCGCCCUUUGUAUGGCGAUCUCAACGCUGCACAUGCAGGCAUCGUGCGCCGCGCUGAAGACUCCUACGGCUCAUCCAUCCUUGACUUGCCCUUACCACCGACGCCAGCAGCGAUCAGCCCUGGCUCCUCGACGUACACUUCUCCCAUCUACAGCCCCGAAUCCCACUUCGCGCCGUCUCCAUUAGCCGUCAAGAAAGCCCCGAAUGAGUCCCGUUUCUCCAUAAAGCAGCUCACACGUACACUUACGAAGAGGCUCACGAAGCCCCUAGAGAGGGGUGAAGAGGAAGAGCUGCAGCAAUUUCGAGAGAGUAAUACAAGCGGGCUAUUAAUCAGCGUAGACGAAGAGCCUCUGCGUCGGCUCGAACAGACAUUCAUCCCGGCGGACAGGACGGCAUACUUCCCCAUCAGUCCAGUAUCGCUCACCUCUCCGACCAGCCCUGCGUCCUUGCACGACUUGGGAUCGGUGUCGGGCGAUGAUGAAGACGAGAUUGAAUAUGCGCGAAGAAAUCCCGGCCGCAACUAUGACUCGCAAGGUCUGACUUCGAUGAUACCGGACGACCCCUCCACCCAGAUCGGUCGUGUGGAGGAUCCACAUGCUUCUGUCCUCGCGAUGGAUUCAGGAGCAAGGCCUUACUACGACGAUCUCGCAUCCAUAUACGCUAGCUCUUCAAUAUACACCGGAGACGACCGCCGGAGAUCAGCCUAUCAACAAAGCCUCGCUGGAAACCGUCAAAGCAAUGCCUUUCUUCGCUACAGUGGUAUGGAUGCGGCCGGAUUGGCGAACGAGUACAGCUACAGUAACCUGGGAAGGAGCAGUCGGCCGGUUUCGAGACCACUCACCCAGGAGUUGUACCAUCGUUCAGUGGCACAAGGCGACGGGAAGACAGAUACCAUCAGCAAGUUCAUCGACCAGUAUGACCCUGGCAACAUAACAACGAACAGCUUGUCCACACAAGAUCUGGAAAGUGCCAAUACUACCAGCUUGAUCGCACCCUACACCAGCGAUGCCACUGAGGAAGCGUCGAAGGGCCGUCCGCAACCGGCAGCCCUCCUACCUGAACUCAGCCAGUUCGAGUUUAACUUAGGUCCUACGAGCAAAUCUAAGGACACCGAGAGUACGAGCGACCCUGCGCAACCGCCGCUCACCAAAGAACGCGCGCUGAACCGCCAACCCGGUCUGCCUCCAUCAGCUCCUGCCCCACUUGCUCCAGCGUUCCAGUACGAUAAACCUCCUCACGCGCUUCCUCGCCCCGACUUCUCCGACAUGUUCUCCAAUGCAUCGUACACUUCCUACGGGGAUACCCGCAACCUCUUGCAGCUUCCACAAUCCGAGUUAGGUGGACAUAGUAUGUUCAUGAAAGGUCUCCAACCUUCAUCUUCGUAUUCACAACCCGAGACCAAAGCUCUUGAGCUGUCAUCAUCAUACUCACAAGCCGAAGGUCGUGCGAGUCCACAGACGCCACAGGAAGCGCUGGACCAUGCUGAGCUUAUCUUUGACAAUGCAGCCGCUGAACGCAAACCUAGUCACGAGGAUAUACCAGCUAUGUGGGGAAGGCGAAGCUCGGUGAACCUGCUGCGCAACAAGAGACUCACUGACGGGUCGAUGCGAACUGCGGAUAUGGAGAAAGCCGACUGGGAAACUGUGGCUGGUGACAGUCAACAAGGUCGAAUGUCAUUAGACAGCAUUGCCGACUACAGUAGCAGCGAGGGCAGUCGUAACAGCUUAGGUUUGACCGCAGAUGCGUCGCUCCCUUCCUGGACCAAGCAAGAUCAUGCACGUGGACCGUCGAAUUACAGCCACCCCAGCCCGCUUCGAGCCCACGCCCAUCCGUUCAGCUCCUCGCCACCUCAUCUUACAGCUCACCCUGGUUCACAAACUGUUCCAGACAUAUCAAUAUCUAAUACUCCAUCGAGUCCACCAGCAUCAUCGACUGUGCCCGUGUUUCGCUUCUCCACACAACCCAGGCGUGCGGUUGACGAGCCUUAUGCUUUCGCGCCUUGGGCAGACCCAUACGCUCUGAGCGAUAAGGAGACACAGGAGCUAUUAGCAUCUGGGCCCAACGACGAUAUACUCUUUGAUGGUGAAGUUGGCCCUCAGUCCGGACGCGCCAGCUACAAGUUCAAAAGCCAUGGAAGAUUGCCCGGAAGUAGCUCACCGCGCAGCACCGACAACGAUGCUGGUCUGGAACGUGAGAACACUUUCGAUAAGCUUACUGUCGUUGGUCCAAAGGGCAACCUCACAGGUACUCCUCGAGGCACCGGGAUGCACGAUGCGGGCAGCAGUAUAGCAGACACCAGCAGCCCAGGUGCCAAGCUCAGCUCGAGUGUCGGUCCUCGUAGUCCUCGGCCUGGAUAUGACGGGUUCUACGCCUCUCCAUUCCCAGCUACGGGUAGCGUGACUCGCAUACGACAGUCAGGCUCCGCUGCUGAAGACCAGCACGAGCGAACACUGUCGCAGGUGACUCUCUUCCCUAGCGCCUACAGCAUGGAACCUGUGCAGGGCUCUUCACCCCUUGCUGGUCCGGAUCGUCGACGGAGUCUUAGAUAUUCGACUACAUUCACGCCCGCUCGUAGGACAAGCCGCGCCGCUGUACCAGGUCAGACCAAGCUGAGGCAGAUGGUCCUUGCUCCUGACGCGCGAACCACUGUUUCAAGCCAAGACACCCAUUUCUCCCGCUUUGUGAGUGUAAGUGGCAGUGGACGUCCUUCGACAAGUGACACAGCCACACCUUUGCACCCAACACAUCCCAGUCUCGAUACCUUCCCCACGAUUCGCAGCGGGAAGGCCAUCCUUGCGCACCAGCAUUCACCGCACUUGCUGUGUCCAGAGCGCGAGGUCAAAGAAGAAGACGAGGUACGCCGUCGGAAACUCUCGUGGCUCAUCUUUGCAUGCUUCUGCAUACUGCCACCUUGUAUGUUCCUCUAUAGGAUGUGGGGAGACUCGAUCAUUGCGUCGGUCACAAAGGGCGACCUCGGCCACUGUACAGCGAAAUCGAAGAGGGCUGCACUCAUCGCUGGGGUUGCUGUCAAUAUCGGACUGAUCACGGCGAUCUUGGUCCCGAUUCUUGUUGCGCAGGCACUGAAGGCUAUAUGAUGGCACUUUGUCGGCGUAAUCAUUUCCUUUUUCCUCUUCGAAACGACGUCCUGUCAUAUUCCUUGUUCCUUUUACUCCUUUGUUUGGCAUUGCAUGGUUCGGCGCACAAUCGGAAGGGCGUACUACUGGAACGCCUGAUAAUUGGCCUGGUUGCAUAUUGAAAGGCGUUCGACCUCAAUAUGAUCGGGGUCAUCUUGUAGUUCUAUCAGUCAAUAGGCGAUGACGCACGUAAUGUUCGACGGGAACAUGAUUACACUACCAAAGAGGAAUAAUAGC